AUGUCUGCCUAUAUUCUUGCAGGUCUUGCUAUGAUGCUUAAUAUUCGACUCUCAUAUAGUUCAGCUCCAUAUGCACUUAUUAGAUUUAGAUUACCAGAGAAUCUAUUCAGUGUAUUUGUUAGAAGAAUGGCUAGUUCUUUGGAACUUUGGUGUCUACCAGGUUUCAUCAUUGUUGACAUAAUGGACCUAGCAGUUAAACUAAUAAUCAAACCCAUCGGCACCCUUGGCGAUAACACCCUCGCCUCAAAGCAACUCAAGUUCCACUCCAUCAUAUGUCUUUCCAUAGUUGCUCAAUGGUUAAACUUUCUCACAUACGUAAUUUUAUUUUUUGUUUAUUUGGCUGGUGGAGAACAAGGUCGUUUAACCACAUUUUAUUGGAUUAUUGCUGUAUCUGGAUUUGUUUUUGGAAUCAAUAAUCCAUUGGUCUAUGCUGUUGACUAUAAUUAUGUACCCAUCUAUAUUGUUGGUGAGAAUUGCUUUCCAGCUCUAACCUCAUUCAUGCACUAUAUUACAACUCUCAUGUUUGGUAAUAGAAGGAAAUGGGAUAGCGACUUUCUAAUAGUAGGAAUUGACAUUAUUGUAGCAAUACUAAUAUCAUUUGUAGCAGCUGUGGUGUGGACUGUAGCUUAUGGAUUCUGCACAGCCGCUCCCGAGUGUCAAAUUACUUAUACUGCUACUACUAAACAGCUUACUAUCAAAUAUCUGGGUACUGAGACUGAAAAGAAAGGUAAUAUUAAUACUACUGCUGGUACUUACACUUUUACCACCGGAACUAAUACUGUUAAAAAUAUUAAUUCUAAAAUACGUUACUCUUUUAAACUCAAUAGUGGUCAGGAUAGUGCUUUUAAUGCUGGUACUGCUAUAACUGCCACUGUUACUAUUGAGUAUGGUCAUAUAUUUGCUGAAGGAUUCGGUGGUACUGAUGCUAAUCCAUACAUGGUCGCUCCAUUACUAAUUGUCCUCGUUGGUAUGGGUCUAGUGUAUUCAAUAUAUCCUGGAAUAGCCCCUGGUAUGAUUGUACCAUUCUAUCUCAUUGAUAAGAUUGAAAUGGUACUCCUCAUAGCCACAAUAUUUCCACCGGUGAUUGUAGCUAUCCUAAGGAAAACUGCCAAACCCUGGCAUCCCCAAUCACCACUCUGUGAGUGGAAUGAAGACAGUAAGCCUCCAUGGUUGAAAGAUAAACCUGAAACUCCUGGUGAAGGCCCCGGUUACUUCUGGCAUGUCUUUGAUCUAGUGGUUCCUAUUAUGAUCAUCCUAGCCUAUCUAUUCAUAUAUUCAAUUCAUUAUAGAGAUUCCAACAUAUCUCGAUCAAUUGUUAAUCAACCCAAGAUGUCUACAUUUCUAACUAUCGUAUUUUAUAUGUGUCAUGAGAUCUCGUUGGCUGUAGGAUUCGCUGGUAUGAUAGGUAAUGCAGCUGAAUGGACAGUUUUAGCUCAAAUGAUUGGUGCAUUCCUUAUGGUCUUUCUAGCACUCUAUAGUGAAGGAUACAUUAUAGAAUAUAAAAGUCAUGAUCCUAAACAUUGGUAA